AUGCCAGAAAAUCUCGUAGAAAUCAUCAACAAUGCAAAUGACGCUUCCCAAGUUCGUAUGCCUGUUUUGAUGGCCACUCUCAAAAGCCCACAAUUAAUCAGUAAACAGCCCUCUGCAAAAACUCCAGGUCAAGUUUUAUAUAAAGUAAACUUGUAUGAUACAUCUUUACCAACACCAUCAUCACAAAAUACUCUCACCGCAGUAAUUCCAAAAGAUAGAUUUCCUUCUGAUGUUAGUGAUCCUGAAACAAUAGCACCAGGAACAAUAUUUAAUAUUUCAAAAUUUACUUUUAAAGCUCAGCCUGGAAAAGCUAAAGUUGUUAUUUUACAUACUUUUACACUUGAAAGUAAUAACAAUCAUCAUCAUCAACAAUCUACCACUUCAACAACACAUGUAAAUGAACAAAAACCUGUUACAAAUGUACAACCACAAAGAUCAAAUCCGACAAGCAAUCCUACUCCAAGUAGUAAUGUUAAACCUCCAUCAUUCUCUGUAAAUAAUAGUCAUUCUAAUAAUACUGUCAAUAAUCAACCACAACAAGUAAAUAGAAAUAAUCAACCACAACCAAAUACUUUCAACAGGCCACAACCACAACAAACAGCAACUAAUAGUAAUCCUGUACAACAAAGAAAUCAACAACAAACAUUUAAUAGACCAAGCAAUCCAACUAAUAAUGCACCUAGACAAUCAGUAGGAAAUGUAGGACCUCUUAAAACUAAACAAAUAUUACCAUUAGUAGGUAUUACUCCUUGGGUCAGUGAUUGGGUAAUUAAAGUUAGAGUUACCAAGAAAGGAGAACUUAAAAAAUGGUCUAAUCCAACAAAAGAAGGUCAUUUAUUUUCACUUGAACUAAUUGAUGAAGAUGGAGUUGAAAUUAGAGCUACAUUUUUUACUAACAAAUUUUAUGAUCAUAUUAAGGAAUCUAAAGUUUACUUUAUGAAAGGUGGUAAAGCUAAAUCAGCUGAUAAAAAGUAUUCAAGAUUACCACAUAGUUAUGAACUUACAUUCUAUGAUAAUUCAGUAAUUGAAGAAGCUGAAGAUGAUCAAGCAAAGAAUAUUCCUCAAGGUCAUUUUGAAUUCAUACCUUUCGAACAAUUGAAAACUAUUGAAAAGAAGAAUGGUGUUGAUAUUGUUGGUGUUGUUAAAUCAAUUGGUAAUUCAGAACAAAUGACAAUUAAAUCAAAACAAGAUCCAAAUGCUAUUGAAAAACAAACAACAAAGAGAGAAUUAAUAUUAAUUAACAAAGAUAAUGAUGGUAAUAUUUAUGAAGCUGCAAUUACAUUAUGGGGAGAGGAUAAUAUUUCUUUUAAUAUUGGUGAUACUGUUAUAUUUACUGCACUCACAAUCAAAGAAUUCAAAGGUGGAGUUAAAUUGAGUACAUCAAAAUCAACAAAAAUUUUAACUAAUUUUGAUUUACCUGAAAGUAGAAGAGUUAUGGAACAAUUUGCAAAUUUAGAAACUCCAAUUGAAGAAAUUAAGGGUGUUUUAUUAAGUGCUAUUGAAUCAAGUGGAUCAUUUAAGAAAUAUUCUCUUGAAGAUUUAGAUACUGUCAGAGUACAAGAUUUAGAACAAGAGAAGUUUAAAUCAAAAACAUUUUUCAUCAGAUCACAUUUCUCUUUAUUUAAAGAUGGAAAUUUAACCUAUUGUGCUUGUGUAAAUGAAGAAUGCAAAUCAAAGAAACUGAAGAGAGAUGAAAUGGAUAACUCAUAUACCUGUCCUCUUUGUAAUACUAAAUAUGACGAAACAACAGCAGCUCACAAGUAUAUGACUUCUGUUGUGUUAGGAGAUCAUACUUGUACAAAGACUUUAACUGCUUUUGACAAAGGUAUGACAUUACUUUUAGGUGUGCCUGCAGGUGAUUUUUAUGCACUAGAUGAUCGUACUAAGGAUGAAUAUAAGUCCAUUGCUCAAUCUAAAAUUGCCACUUAUAUGGUAAGAGCAGGUGUUCAAAAUAAUAAUGAACAAGGACCUCAAGUUAGAUUUUCCUUUGUUGGACUUAAGGAACCUGAAUGGGCUAAAGAAGCAAAAGGAUGUCUUGGUACAAUCAAUGCUUACUGCAGAACUUUUGGAAUCUAAGUAAAUUAAAUACAAAUAUAUUUCUAUUU